CCCCGCUGGCUUCCGGCGGCGGGCGGAAGUGGCGGCGCGGCGCGGAGCGGCGGGCUGCCAUGGAGGAGUGAGGGGUUCGACCGAUCCAUCGACCGCCGCCCCGCAGCGCCAUGGAGACAGUGCAGCUGCGGAACCCCCGCCGGCAGCUGAAGAAGUUAGAUGAAGACAGUUUAACCAAACAACCUGAAGAAGUAUUUGAUGUAUUGGAGAAGCUUGGAGAAGGUUCCUAUGGCAGUGUGUUCAAAGCCAUUCAUAAAGAAACGGGUCAAGUUGUUGCAAUUAAACAAGUUCCUGUGGAAUCUGACCUGCAAGAGAUUAUAAAGGAAAUAUCCAUAAUGCAGCAAUGUGACAGUCCUCAUGUGGUGAAAUAUUACGGCAGCUAUUUUAAGAACACCGACCUGUGGAUAGUCAUGGAAUACUGCGGCGCUGGAUCUGUGUCUGAUAUUAUUCGAUUACGAAAUAAAACUCUCACAGAAGAAGAAAUUGCUACAAUAGUGCAAUCAACACUGAAAGGACUAGAGUACCUGCAUUUUAUGAGGAAAAUACACAGGGACAUCAAAGCUGGAAAUAUAUUACUAAAUACAGAGGGACACGCUAAACUUGCAGAUUUUGGAGUGGCAGGACAGCUUACAGACACCAUGGCGAAGCGGAACACAGUUAUAGGGACCCCAUUUUGGAUGGCUCCAGAAGUGAUUCAAGAAAUUGGGUAUAAUUGUGUUGCAGACAUCUGGUCCUUGGGAAUCACUGCAAUAGAAAUGGCUGAAGGCAAGCCACCGUACGCAGAUAUUCAUCCUAUGAGGGCAAUUUUCAUGAUUCCUACCAAUCCACCUCCAACAUUCCGGAAGCCAGAACUCUGGUCAGACAAUUUUACGGACUUUGUAAAACAGUGUCUUGUGAAGAGCCCAGAGCAGCGUGCCACAGCAACGCAGCUUCUGCAGCAUCCAUUUGUUAAAAGUGCCAAAGGAGUGUCGAUUCUGCGAGACUUGAUUAAUGAAGCAAUGGAUAUCAAGCUGAAACGGCAAGAGGCGCAACAGCGUGAACUAGAUCAAGAUGAUGAAGAAAAUUCAAACCCCCCUUAUAGAAACUUUCUACUCCACAAGAGCAGCCGACAGAAACCUGAGGAAGAAGAUGAAACCGAUUCAGGUACCAUGGUGAGGGCGAGUGGAGAUGAAACUGGUACCAUAAGAGCUGUCAACACGAUGAGUGAUGGAGCCAACACCAUGAUAGAACAUGACGGCACCUUGGAAUCCCAGCUGGGUACAAUGGUCAUAAACACAGAAGAGGAAGAGGAGGAGGGCACCAUGAAAAGGAGGGAUGAAACGAUGCAGCCAGCCAAACCAUCAUUCCUUGAAUAUUUUGAGCAGAAGGAGAAAGAGAAUCAAAUCAAUAGCUUUGGGAAGAAUGUGUCUGGCCAGACAAAAAAUUCAUCUGAUUGGAAAGUACCACAGGAUGGAGACUACGAAUUUCUGAAGACUUGGAGUGUCGAUGAACUUCAGAGGAGGCUCUCAGCCCUGGACCCCAUGAUGGAGCAGGAGAUUGAAGAAAUCCGCCAGAAAUACCAGUCAAAGAGGCAGCCGAUCCUCGAUGCCAUUGAAGCCAAGAAGCGGCGGCAGCAGAACUUCUGAACCACUGGUAGAAUAUUCUUCCAUCCUCAAACAAUCACCUCCUCGCUUUUAUGACUACUAAACAUAUUGAUUUCUAUUGAAAUACGCUAGCAAGAUAGAGGGCAAUACUUCUGCUCAUUUAUUUUUCCAUAGCACCUUUGUGAACUCAGGAAUGCCAUUAAGUGCAAAAUCCUGAUGGUAUGUUUUAAUGUUAGACGUAUAUUUAAAACCUUAUUCCGAAGGAGUUUUUGUUACUGGUUUUAGGGGGGUUGUUUUUAAAUCAGAGGAACAGAUAGAAAUAGGCUAAUGAAAGUUGGCUCACUCUCUUUUCAACGGAACUUUCAGUAGUCCAUUUUGUUUUAAGUUAAUAUGGAUUGUGGUAUUUAACGGCUGCAUCUUUUGUGGGUUUUGGUUUUGUUUGUCAGUGCACAGACACAAUUCCAAGCUGUUAAAUGUAUCUUUCUACUGUUAAGGUACUGAUAAGUUUUAGGUCACUGAAGAGAGCAGGUGAGAACACGUGCAAACUGUUCCAGCCUUUUGAAAGAAACUUAAAUCUCAUUUUUUUUAAAAAGCCUGUAAUAAGCCCCAUGCCUUACACUGUGUGCUUUUUAAGCAAGUGUGGUUUCUUCAAGACUUCAGUUUUGUCUUUUUGUGUACUUUACAAAUUAAUACGAGUAGAUAAAGCAUGUUGUGCCUCCAUCAGAAAUUACAUUCUGCAAUUUAAAAUCCACACCAACUUAAAAAAAAAAAGCCAAUCAACGAGACCAUUUCUCUUCGUCUGUUUGAAAAUGUCCUUCAGGGAGACCCUGCUGACAGUGGAGUACAGGAAAAAGAAACAGUAUUGGAAUGGGUGGAAGCGGUGUGAACCUCUCUCAGGAAUUAGGUACUUCUGCUGUGUCUGAGAGGAUUUAAUAAUCUCCACAGUUUGAGAAAUAUUUCAUAGACUUCAUUUCAGAUUUACAUCUUUAGGUGCUUGAAUAAAAACCUAAUUUCACAAUCCUUCACAUUUCUGCAAGGUUUAGCACAUCAGAAAAGUUGAAACUGAAAGUAAAGACUUUGUUGAAUUAGCGAAGAUGAGCAUUUAUGGUGGUGGAGCGAAGGCGGAGUUGGUCUGGAUGAGAAGACAAUUACUGCUGUCCUGCUGGAAGGGACUCAGUCUCUUCCUGUUCCUCUGGAUGCUCUUGUGUUCUUUCUUUAAAUUUCCCUGCUGUUCCUGCCCGGUGUAGCUCAAUCAACGAAAAUGCCCCAGCGUGUACAAUCGCUGUGACGAUGGUGCAAUGAACUCACUCCGGUAGAGUGGAGAGUAAAAGAGAAGCAACGAAGAAAUGAGCCUAAUUUGCAGGGCAGAGACCAAGUGACGCCCCUGCCGCAUGGGCUGUAACAGCAGAAUUACCUAGUUUUAGAUUUAUCUAGCAUAUGGUGAAAUAUUUGGACAGAGCAAGUAUUUCUACCGAUUUAUAUUUAUUUUGCUCUGAUAGAGGCAACAGUUCCCAUGUCGUUCUUCUGAAAUAGGCCUUGGUGCAUCACCUAGAUAAUUAACUAAAUAGCAGUGUCUCCUGAAUCAAAUGCUGCUAGAGAGGUGAAGUGUUCAUUUCACGCCUCCAUAGGCUCUUUUUUUUUUUUUUUCCCCUUGGAGCAGACUCUUGGCUACCGUUACCAGUUAUACGCCAUUGCUGUGAAAGGAACCAAGCCAUUUUUACCCCCUCUGCAGAUCUGGUUGCAUCGGUUUGUCUGAGUUUGAUGCGCGGUGCGAACACGGCUGUCCAGAGAUCAGCAAACCAGCUCCCCGAAGGGAAAAGGGAGGCGGGGAGCAGCGUGUCCAGGGUGCCGAAGUAAGGUACAUCCUGGGAUAACCCAGCUAUUUGAUAGCCUCGAGUAUUGGGAAAGUUCUGAAUUAGGAAAACGAAGUAAUUAAAAGCUUUGUUGCUAUUAAAAUCUCUUAGUCCGGGCUCUCUAAGGGUCUGGUGACGUGCUGUGUGAACAUCAGGGCUCAUACAGUGCUCCUCUGAAAUCCGUGCAAUACAUUUUGCCCUAAACGUGUGUUUAUUAUGAGCAAUAUUCGUGAGCGUCCUUUGCGUCAAAAAAACUCCCACAACUAUGAUUCUGUAACUUAGGAGGGAGUUCUCUGGUCAAGUGUUGAUCUUGAAUUAGUCACUUGGAUGGCUCUGGCCCAGCAUCUCCGGUGGGACAGGCGUACGGAUAUGUGACGUGGUAAAUGGCGCACUGCCUGCGUGCGGCGUGGAUCAAGCAGAUUCUGCUGGGAGUAGUUUUACCUCUGCACUGUGUAGGUAACUUUCGAGUGAUCGGAGGGCAUUAGAAAACCCAAGUUUUAGGUGAAACACCACAGGGUGGUGUCUACUUACAGAAUAUGCAACCCGUGACUGCUGUAACUGAAUGUAAGCACUCUUGAAAUGCUCUGCUUUGCUGAUGUGAUUGUCUUAAAAUACAGCAAAUGAACCAAAAUAAGUACAACUGGUCCAAUGGCUUAACUGUCUCUGAACCUUUCUUAAAUGCUUGCAGUGGCUGAGACUUGAUGAUGUUUCUUGCACUUGGAGCUCUAAUGCAGAGAAAUUAUUUUCUCCUUCGCUGAUUUUCAAUCUGUUAGAGAAAAUAAUUCCCUUUUUGGUCCCUUUGUAGAGCAUCUGGGAGCAUAGUAACUGCUCACUUUCAGAGUUCUCCAGGCUAAGACCAAGGCUCGUACCGUAAGAGAAAGCUGUUCCGGCCAAGUUUUUAAGCAAAAAAGCUUACUUAAUUGUGAAGCUGCAUUUGUGUGCUCCUGGGGUCUGUCUGCCAUUGCUGAAAGCGUUCUGGACACAAACCAUUAUCUUUGCUUCUAAAACCCAGAGAUACUGAUGAUGUCAGUCAUGUGAGACUUAAAAAUGUGAAGUUUGUAGCUUUAACUUUUUUGUAACAAAGAAAUUAGCAACACUGGCAUAAAGUGCUGACUUGAAAUGCUAUUUUGUAAGAUCUGGCUGUUUGUAUAUAAGUGUUGGGUCAUUAGUUUGUAUAUGUAUGAAAUAGUAACUUUUAUUGCAUUCCUCUGAGUUUGAUACAGGAGACUUUGUUUGAUCUUUCUCAAAUAUCUUGCCUUAUUUGUUCAAAGGGGCAAAUAAACUGUCCUUAUCUGAAA